AUGGAAGAUGCAGAGGAUGACAUAGCUGUUAUUGGGAUUGGAUGCCAUUUUCCUGGAGGUGAGGGGUUGGACAACUUCUGGAAGAUUCUUUUGGAAGGAAAGAAUUGUGCUGUUGAUAUUCCAGCAGAGAGAUUCGACACCACUCUUUGGUACAAUGCCGAUCAAAGCAAACCUGGAAAAACACACACAACCAAAGCAGCACUUAUAGAAGGGUUUAAUGAGUUUGAUCACAAAUUCUUUGGCAUUACUGAAGCUGAGGCUGAUUUCAUGGACCCUCAGCAGAAACUCCUUCUGCAGUGUACAUACAGGGCAUUAGAAGAUGCAGGAAUGCCAAUGGAAACCAUCAGUGGAAGCAGAACUGGAGUUUACAUAGGUCUAAUGAACAGGGAUUACGAGAUGCUCCGAAGUAACAGUCCAACUACAAUAACCCACUACAACGGCACUGGGACGGCCAUGAGUGUGGCUGCCAAUAGAAUAUCCUUCAGCUUUAAUCUCACCGGCCCUUCUUUUGCCAUUGACAGUGCAUGUUCUUCAUCUUUGGUGGCUCUACAUUUAGCCUGUCAGGCUAUAAAGCAAGGAGACUGUGAAAUGGCCCUGUGUGGAGGUGUGAGCUGCAUAAUAGAGCCAAGAGUGUUUGUUGCCCUCAGCAAGGCGAAGAUGAUCUCACCUGACGGGACCAGCAAACCUUUUUCCUGCAGAGCAGAUGGCUAUGGCAGAGGGGAGGGCUGUGGUGUAGUUCUGCUGAGGCCUCUAAAGAAUGCCAUAAAAGACCUCAACAAAAUAUGGGGUAUCGUCAUCAAAACGGCGGUUAACCAAGAUGGACACUCAGUUACUCCAAUCACCAAACCGUCUAUGACUCAACAACAGGAGCUGCUGCAAAGAAUCUACUCAGAGUCUGACCGUGCAAAUGUCCAGUACAUAGAGGCACAUGGGUCUGGAACCCCAGUUGGAGACCCGACAGAGGCACGAAGCAUCUCACAUGUCAUCGCUAAAGCCAAACCUCCUGGUUCAGAGACACUACUGGUUGGCUCUGUGAAGGGCAACAUCGGACAUACAGAAUCUGCAGCUGGAGUGGCCGGACUCAUUAAGGUACUCUUAAUGAUGAAGCAUGCAACCAUUGUUCCCUCUGUUUUCUACUCAGAAGGAAGUGCCAGUGUAGACACAAAAGCUCUGAGGAUAAGUAUUCCGGUUAAAACUGAAAGAUGGGUAACAAAUGGGUCAAUAGGAAGGGUAGCUGGAAUCAACAGCUUUGGAUUUGGAGGUACAAAUGCACAUGCGAUUGUAAGAGAAUACAAACAGACCGCAGAUCCCACUAAGAUCCCAAAAAACUGUCCAAAACUCUUCGUAAUAUCUGCAGCUUCUGAGAAAUCACUUAUCCUGUCUAUCAGUGACACCCAGCAGAAGCUUUGUGCCAAACAAACAGCUGAUUUACAGGCACUAUCAUACACCUCAGCAUGCAUGAGGAGUCAUUCUAGGCACAAAUAUAGGAAAGCCUUUCUAACAUCUUCCCUCUCAGAUUUAGAACAUCAGCUGACAUCUGCAUUGAAAACAAAGGUUGAGUCAAUAAGGUCUGAUAUCCAGGUGGUGUUUGUGUUUUGUGGAAAUGGAGUUGCCUACAAGGGAAUGUGCAAGCAGCUGCUGAGAGAGGCCCCUGUUUUCAGAGAUAAGAUCAGAGAAGUUGAGAAUCUCUUUCAGAGUCAUAAAAGCCUCAGCAUCAGUCAGUGGAUUACUGGUGACUAUGAUAAUGAUGAUUUCAGCAAGCCACAUUUUGUCCAGCCUCUUAUCUUUGCAAUCCAGGUUGCCAUUGCUGUUCUUCUCAAGCACUGGGGUGUCAAACCUGAUGCUGUGCUUGGGCACUCUGUUGGCGAGGUUGCUGCCACUCACUGUUCUGGUCUCUUGUCUCUCGAGGAUGCUGUUAAAGUGUUGUACCACCGCAGUACUCUUCAGAGUAAAGCCACAGGGGGGAAAAUGCUUGUUGUUGGCAAUGUGACUGUAGAAAAGGUGUUGAAAAUCCUUCCAGAGUUUUCUGGGAAAAUUUGUAUUGCGGCGUUCAACAGCCCCCAGUCUUGCACUCUGUCAGGGGAUGCAGAUGCUAUAGACAUCCUCCAUCAGAGGCUGAAGAUUGAGCUUACAGAGAACAAUCUUUUCCUCCAUGAAUUACAUGUGCCAGCAGCAUACCAUAGCCAUAUGAUGGAUCCUAUACUAGAUGACAUUGAGAAAAGUAUGACUCCCUUUGAUGCCAAUAACAUGGAGUGCAAGCUUUUUUCCACAGUGUCUGGGGACAGUUAUUCAGAUGGUGACUUUCAAACAGGCAAGUACUGGGCAAGAAACAUCCGAGAGCCUGUCCUAUUUGAACAAACACUGCGUGCUGUCAUGAAAGACAAGAAGUCAAAGACAAAUGUGGUCUUUGUGGAGAUUGGACCGAGGGCUCUCCAGAGGAACAUACAUGAGACUUUGGGAAAUAACAUCACAGUUCUUCCCUCUGUCCAGCCACAGAAAGAUUACAACACAAUCUUGUCCACUGUGGCAAAACUAUUUGAACUGGGCAUCAAUGUGGACUGGCAUCAGAUCUACAGGGGUUGUGAGACACUGCCCACAGCUUUUCCAGUCUAUCAGUUUGACAUCACAAAAAAAGAAUUGAAUUUUGAGGCUAUGAGAAGAGGUAAUGACACAUCAGGUUUUUCUCCCCAUCCGCUCAUAUCCCAGAUAAAGCAGGAUAGCAGAGAAUACAUGUGCAACCUCUCUUUAGAGAACGCACCAUAUCUUUGGGAGCAUCAAAACAAUGGAGUUCCCAUUGUGCCAGGUGCUUUCUGUGUCGAACUAGCUUAUGCUGCAGUAAUGACAAGUUUGAGGCCAAAGAAACCUGUUUCUCUGCUUCAGCUCAGUGUAAGAUUAGAAAGUCUGCUUACACUGAGCUUAAACUGUCAUCAGUUAAAAGUGAUGCUGGAACAUGCAGAGAAUGAGGGUUCAUUUAAAAUACAGUCCUCUGUCGCAACACAUACCUCAGGCACGUACAAGUGCACAGAUGGCCAACCACUUUUAGAGGAACCGACCAUUUGUGUUGACAAGAUUUUUCAAAGGUGCAAAUUGGUAAUGAAGAAAAGAGAAAUUUAUUCAAUUCUUUCUCAAACAGGAUUUGAAUAUGGCUCCGUCUUUAAACAGCUUGAUGAUGUGCAUUUUGGAGAUGAAUUCAAGGAAGCUGUGGCACUAAUUAAAGUCCCCAGUGAACUUCUAUAUCACCUUCAUGACUACUUCAUUCACCCUGUGCUGUUGGACUGUUUCUUGCAAAUGACUGCUGUGGUAGCUAUCAGGCAGCUGACAGCCAAGCAGGGAUUCCCCUCAGCUAUUUCUAGUGUAGCCAUAUCGGGGCCAUUGCAAGAGGAAAUGGUCAUGUAUGUACGAGCCACUAAGGAGACUCCAGACUUCCUUGAUGUAUGUGGAAGCUUUUCCACCACAGAGGGCCAUGUUCUGGUGGAACUCAAGGGGGUAAGGAUCUCAUUUUUGGGAAAUUGCUCAAGUGUUCUUCAGUCAUGGUUCUUCCACAAUGAAAUAACUGCCAUUUCUGACAAGGGGGACUUGCAAAAUCGCAAAAUAAAAGCAAUAGUUUUUGAAGACAAACUUGGCAUUGCUAAAGGACUUUUGCCAUAUUUACACCCUGAGUCAGCAGUUGUGGAGCGCAAAGAGCACUGGAUGGCCGACCAAGUUCGGGAUUUAGUGCUUGGCUUACUCAACAGUAAUGUGGAUUUGGAAAGUGUUCUCUUCAUCUGGGGUGUAGAUGACCUUAGUCACUUGUCACCUGAGAAGAUACUGGAUAGCUUGGUGGCUUGCUGCGAGAUUUUUCGCCAGAUUGUUUUAGCCUUGAAAGAGAGCAAACGCUGUUGCACUCUCCGCGUCAUAACUUACAGAUCAACAGAAACCAUUGUGGACCAUGUCAGUCCUGGUUUUGUGCUGUCUGGUAUGACAAGGGCUUGUGCAGCAGAGAUGGCGGGUCUCUCUUUUCAGCUGAUUGACCUUGCUUCGUUGACCAGUGAAGACAUUCAAAUGCUCGUUCAUGUGAUAAACACCUGUAAACAACAAGAGGUAAUGAUCAGCAAAGGGCAAUCAUCUACCACAAGAAUAGCACGGACCCCCAUGAGGGAUGGGUCUUUAUGUGAUGGUGAUAUAUCCUCAGUAAAUGUGAGAGACUUUGUUCUACAGACAACUGAUCCAUACAGAAUGGCUCACGUGUCUGCCAUCCCCUAUGGAACAAAUGCAAAUCCUGUACAAGAGAAGUCAGUUAAGGUUCAGCUAACCAAUGUAUGUGCUCAUUCAUCUGAUUACUUUCCCGUCACCACUUCACAAUUGAACUUUGGCAAGACAAUGUAUUGGAACAAGCAUACGUCACAGAAUCACAAACUUCUCGCUUUAGAUUUUAGUGGCAUUGUCACAGCUGUUGGGAAAGAUGUUUGUCCUCUAAGAGUCGGAGAUCACAUUGCCUCAUGCUUUCCAGUUUCUGCCACUGCAGAGAUUAUAAUUCCCGAAGCUGCGUGCUACAGCACAAAGAGAUUCCCAUUUCUGAAAGAGACUCCCUGUGUGUCUUACUUCAUAUUGGCAUGGGAGAUCCUGGAGAGAAUGCUGUCUGUAGUAAAACAGCAGCACAGAAAGCUAACCAUCAUCUCCUCCAGCUCAGCCUUUGCUCUGAUGAAAGUUUUGGCUCUGACAGCAAACAGGUCAGGCUGGAGUGUUUCCUCUCUGCCACAUGUCAAAGGAGAAUUUCUGCAUUUUGAUCAGAGUCAUGCAUUUGUUUUUCUUCCCCCAUUUGAUCAAUCUUGGCAGGGAAUGCAUGACAGCGGUGGUCUUGAAAGACAUGUUAUUUUUGUCCGUAGCAAUCACAUGUCUACCUCACUCACAGAAAACAUGUUUGCACUGAGGGGUGAACGCAUCCAUGUGCAUAACCUUGAUGUGUAUAAUGUUCUUCAGAAAGCCAAUCUGCAAGCACAAAACAGGAAUAUCUCUAACUGGCUAAUGUCACUAGGCCUUGACACAGAGUCACUUCCUUUGAAAAGGGAGACUUUACAGUUGUUAAGCACAACAGAGCCUCAGACUGAUGCAGAUGCUGAGUCCUACUUCAUAACAAAGACGGUGCAGCAAGUUGUUCUUGGCCACAGAGAAUCCCAUUGUCCAGUGUCUGAUAUCCCUUUGCUGACAAGGCCUGGACAACUCUUUAAACAAAGCUGUGUUUAUAUUGUAACUGGAGGGCUAUCUGGUUUGGGACUUGAGACGGUGAAGUUCAUAGCCCAUAAUGGUGGAGGUUGUAUUGCCACACUGUCCAGAAGUACUCUGACUGAUAAAAUACAGUUUGAAAUGGAACUCCUCCAGAGAAGAUAUGGGGUGACAAUCAUGAAUGUCCGAUGUGAUGUCUCUGUGUCAAUGCAAGUCUUGAACGCAAUCUCAAAGAUUGAACAAAGACUCUCCGAUUGUCCAAUCAAAGGAGUGUUUCACAGCGCUGCAGUGUUACAUGACGCGUUGAUUAAAAAUCUUGAUGAGUCCCUUUUUCGAAAGGUGUUGCAGCCCAAAGUGAGCGGGGCUCUAAACCUUCACUAUGCGACGCUUCACAACAAACUGGAUUACUUUGUGUGCUACUCCUCCAUCUCUUCAUUCAUUGGCAAUGCCUCACAAUGUAACUAUGCAGCAGCCAAUUCUUUCCUGGACACAUUCUGUCAUUAUCGCAGAAAACUUGGACUUGCUGGACAGUCCAUUAACUGGGGUCCUUUGAACCUUGGCCUGUUGUUGAACAAAGACCAUUUCCAGAAGUUUCUGGAGGCAAAGGGCAUGAUGGUAAUGGAUGUGUGUGACAUUCAUGAAGCACUUAAAAAGUGCCUUAUCAUGAAUAGACCACAACAAGUCAUAUGCAAGUUCAACUUCACAAAUCUUAACAUUCAUGUACUUUCACAAAAUGCAUCCCUCAGAGAGCGGCUGUCAACUUUAGUGGAAAUGGAGCUAAAAGGUGAUCGACAUGAACCCAGGGUUCAGCAUUUGUCUUCCACACAUGAAAGUGUGAGAAAAAUUGUCAGUGACAUCAGUAAUGUCAGUGUAGAUGAGCUGAAUGAUGACUCAGCUUUGUGUGCACUUGGUAUUGACUCGAUGCUGGCCAUGACUCUGCAGAACAAAAUUUUCCAAGAGACAGGCAUGAAUGUACCUUUGGUUAAAAUACUGGAUGCCAACAGUACUGUGGCCACUUUGGCAGCCAUUGUAAUGAAUAAUGGAUAA